AUGACGAUAACAUUUCGUGCUGUGGCCCAUGAGGGUACAUUGUUGUUUGACCCGAAUGGCGUUGCGACUCGAAAGCCUUAUCGCUAUGGACUGUGGUCACAAAAGGCGUUUCGUCCCGAGUCCGUGGUACGCAAGCCACCGGGCGCGGGCGUGAAGUGCUCUAGUGCCGCGUUAUGUCCGGCGUUGGAUCGACGCCACUCUGAUCCACUCAAUAGGGCGAUAUCAAACAGCAGGGGCGUUUCCGAUGACGAAUAUGUCGAGAGCGGCGUCAAGCGGGCCGACUCUGCUCAGCACCAUGGCAGGAAGAGCGCUGACUCUCGAGCGACGCCGGCAGACGAUGGCGCGACUGCACGACGCGACGAGCAGGAGGGACAGGGCCACGCGUUCAUCAGGACACUGAAGCAACGCAUCCCCAAUGGCAUUCAACGCAGGUCCAGUGCAGCUGUGAAAUGGCUCAGAGGGCCCGAACCAACACGCGCCUGGAAAAUUCGGCCACUACUCCCUCGCGUGCAGCAUUUACCUCUCCGCCUGGUGGACAAGCUUCUCCCACGGCAGUGGCACCGUAUAAUUGCACUCCUUGUCUUCUACGUCUGUUGGAUCGCGACGUUUGGCGCAGUCUUGCACAAGUCGUCGGCCGUGGAUGACGUUGAUGGCCAAGGGGCACCAUUCUUGAUUAGUUGCGGCGCUUCGUUCUGCUGUAGCAGCGAACAAGUGCUCAACCCUCGCUACGUCGGCUCGCAGGAAGUCAUAUAUCAGACCUUGGUGGUCGGUGGGCCGACUUCGAACGCUAAUGCCGGGUUUGAUGACGCAUCUGGUUUUGUUUACAGGGCAGAUUCCUUCAUAUGCUCUGCUGCCAUUCAUGCCGGGAUCGUCUCUGACUCCCAGGGUGGCUGUGGUGUGGUGUCUCUCAUCGGUCAACAGAGUCACUAUCCGGCCGUGACUCGCAGCGGUAUUGCCAGUGUAGGAUUCGACUCAACGUUUCCAUCAUCCUUCACCUUCGCGAAAGGGAGUGGCGUGGCUUGCAAGGACCUCAGAUGGCAGCUACUCGCUGUUUCUGUUGUAUACACGGCGGUCUUGUCUUUGUUCACCAAAUCACCUUCGAUAUUUUUCUACUCGGUCUUGAUUGGGUGUUAUCUUCAGUCGGCUCUUGCCACGUCUACCCCCACGUACACCGACGUAUAUACCCUGGUCUCGACAGCUCUUGGUGAUCUCCUGCCUGCAUUAUUUAUCGCGCAGGUCAUGUUCACGCUCUACAUACGGCGGACUUUACUUGGCCUUACAGCCCAAUUUGAAAAGACCAUAUUGUGGCUGGGUCCUUGCUGGGUCGCGGCGCUCGCCGAUUACACAUUUGAGCUCAUUCCCUUGUCAAGGCUCACGGACCAUGACAUCAACCAGCAACCAGGCGCAAUUGCUUCCUUGGUUGUCAUUGUACUGGUCAUAUUCGUCGUGUUCCUCGGCCAGGCUUGGGCGUUUAGGAGGGAGGGUCGUCUUAUCCGCUACCUGGGUCUGUACGUCUGCCUCGGGGUGUGCAUUGGCCUGCUGGCUGCAAUACCCAACGAAUCACUCCGCAUACACCACUACAUUCUCGGUCUUCUCCUAAUUCCGGGCACAUCAAUACAAACUCGACCAAGUCUCGUGUACCAGGGAAUCCUCGUUGGCCUCUUCGUCAACGGCGUGGCCAAGUGGGGAUUUGACUCAAUCCUGCAGACCGCUGCAGCGCUUCAAGGUGAUGCCAUACUUGGAACUGUUCUGCCUUCCAUCACUGCUUCAAAUGUAACACAGUCCAACAUCACAUUCAGCUGGCCUGAAGUCCCUGAUGGCUACACUGGGACAAGUGUUCUGGUCAACGAUGUGGAGCGUUUUCGCUCCACGCAAGGGGAGCAGUCUUUUGUGUGGCAAAGGUCGAGUGGAGAUGAAUCAUUGCCAGAGUACUUCAGGUUCGCAUAUUAUGCCUUGUCUGCAGCUUACGGCUUGGAGAGUGGUGACUACACGAAAGCUGGGACCUGGUAUGCGAAUGGGACCUGGGAGCAGAUGGAGGCCGGAGCGAGCUAA